CACUUCAUAGUUCAUCCUCACCGCCCGACACGAUCAUUUAAUUUACAGUAAUUAUAUCAUAGUUAAUAAAGGCUAAAAAAGGAGCAAAACAAUGGCUAGCAAGAGAUUCCUUAACAACCUCGUCGCAGCAUUGUUCCUCUGCAUGGUGGUGGCGGCGGCCACCGUGGUGGAAUCCGCCGUCACGUGCGGCCAGGUCACGAGCUCGCUGACCCCCUGCAUUCCGUACACUAGGGGUUCGGGUGCUGCCCCGUCGGCAGCCUGCUGCUCGGGUAUCCGAUCGUUGAAUAGUGCCGCCAGAACCACCCCCGAUCGCCAAACCGUCUGCAAGUGCCUGAAGGCGGUUGCACGCAGCAUCUCCGGGGUCAACUAUGGCGCCGUCGCCGCCAUGCCUGGGAAGUGUGGCGUCACUCUUCCAUACAAGCUCAGCCUCUCAACCGACUGCAACAAAGUGAAGUGAAGUGAAGAAUAUCAGUUGGAUUGGAGCCGUAAAAGAAGCAUUUAGUACGACGACGACAUAGCCGGUUCUAUAAAUAAAAGAGCCCUCUUCGGUGUAAAGAGGCAGGCAUGCAUGUCUUAUGUUCCAAGUUUAUGCAUUUCUAGUGCUAGUUGUUUCGAAUCGAGACGGCUUCUCGUCGGACUCUCUUGUAAAAGAACCCUGAUAAUAACAGAUUUGUAGAAUAAUCAUAUGCAGUAAUUUGCUUUGAUGUCCGGCUUGGGUAGCUUCAUAGUUCAUACAAUGAAACUGCCUCCUGAUAUGUCUAUAUGGACUGUCAAUUCAACUCAUCGAUUAAUGAUCAAUCUCUUCA